GGAUCAUCCGUUGGUCGGGUCACACCAGCCGCAGAGCUGCUGUCAUGUCCAAGUUAAAGAGCUCUGAGUCCGUGAGGGUGGUGGUGCGAUGCCGGCCGAUGAACAGCAAAGAGAAGACGGCCUCGUACGAGAAAGUCGUUAACGUGGAUGUCAAAUUAGGGCAGGUCUCAGUGAAGAAUCCAAGGGGAACAGCUCAUGAACUGCCCAAAACUUUCACCUUUGAUGCUGUGUAUGACUGGAAUUCCAAACAGGUUGAACUCUACGAUGAGACCUUCAGACCUCUUGUGGACUCUGUUUUGCAAGGAUUUAAUGGGACAAUCUUUGCAUAUGGACAAACUGGGACAGGGAAAACAUACACCAUGGAAGGAGUGCGUGGUGAUCCCGAAAAAAGAGGGGUCAUCCCCAACUCAUUUGACCACAUCUUCACCCACAUCUCUAGAUCUCAGAAUCAACAGUACUUAGUUAGAGCCUCUUAUCUGGAAAUAUACCAAGAGGAAAUCAGAGACUUGUUAUCAAAGGAUCAGUCCAAGAGGCUGGAGCUGAAGGAGAGACCCGACACGGGUGUGUAUGUCAAGGACCGGUCCUCCUUUGUUACGAAGAGCGGCAAAGAGAUAGAGCAUGUCAUGAACGUGGGAAACCAGAACCGCUCGGUGGGUGCCACCAACAUGAACGAGCACAGCUCUCGUUCCCACGCCAUCUUUGUGAUCACCAUUGAGUGCAGCGAGUUAGGGCUGGACGGAGAGAACCACAUCCGUGUCGGCAAACUGAACCUGGUGGACCUUGCAGGGAGCGAGCGCCAAGCAAAGACCGGGGCGCAGGGGGAGAGGUUAAAGGAAGCCACUAAAAUCAAUCUCUCCCUGUCAGCUUUGGGCAAUGUUAUCUCUGCCCUCGUAGAUGGCAAAAGCACCCACAUUCCGUACCGGGACUCCAAACUAACCCGGCUUCUUCAGGACUCCUUAGGUGGCAAUGCCAAGACUGUGAUGGUGGCCAAUAUAGGCCCUGCCUCUUACAAUGUAGAGGAAACACUUACCACACUGAGAUAUGCCAAUCGUGCCAAAAACAUCAAAAACAAGCCAAGAGUCAACGAGGAUCCAAAGGAUGCUCUGCUGCGAGAGUUCCAGGAGGAAAUCGCUCGGCUAAAAGCCCAAUUGGAGAAACGGUCUGUUGGCAAAAGAAAGAGGAGGGAGAGGAGGAGAGAUGGUGGGGAAGAGGAGGAGGAUACUGAAGAGGGUGAGGAUGACGGGGACGACAAAGAUGACUAUUGGAGGGAACAACAAGAAAAAUUAGAGAUUGAAAAGAAAGCUAUUGUUGAGGAUCACAGCUUGGUAGCAGAAGAAAAGAUGAGACUGCUGAAGGAGAAGGAGAAGAAAAUGGAGGACCUGAGGCGAGAGAAAGAAGCAACAGAAAUGCUGAGUGCUAAAAUCAAGGCAAUGGAAAGCAAGCUUCUGGUGGGAGGGAAAAAUAUUGUGGAUCACACAAAUGAACAGCAGAAAAUCUUGGAACAGAAACGUCAGGAAAUUGCGGAACAGAAACGUCGAGAGCGAGAAAUUCAACAACAGAUGGAAAGUCGGGAUGAGGAAACACUGGAACUGAAGGAGACCUAUAGUUCUUUACAGCAAGAGGUGGAUAUAAAGACCAAAAAGCUCAAAAAGUUAUUUUCCAAGCUGCAGGCUGUGAAGGCUGAGAUCCAUGAUCUCCAAGAAGAGCACAUCAAGGAGCGUCAGGAAUUGGAACAAACCCAGAAUGAGCUCACCAGGGAGCUAAAGCUAAAGCACCUGAUUAUUGAAAAUUUUAUUCCCCUGGAAGAAAAGAAUAAGAUCAUGAACAGAUCGUUCUUUGAUGAAGAGGAGGACCAAUGGAAACUGCAUCCCAUAACUCGUCUAGAUAACCAGCAGAUGAUGAAAAGACCAGUCUCAGCUGUAGGGUACAAGAGGCCAUUGAGCCAGCACGCCAGGACAUCCAUGAUGAUCCGUCCAGAAGCCCGGUACAGGGCAGAGAAUAUUGUAUUACUGGAGCUCGACAUGCCUAGCCGAACCACGAGGGACUAUGAGGGUCCAGCCAUCGCCCCCAAAGUUCAGGCUGCACUAGAAGCUGCUCUGCAGGAUGAAGAUGAGAUACAGGUGGACGCUUCAACCUUUGAGAGCACUUCAAAUAAGAAAUCAAAGUCCAGGCCUAAAACUGGAAGGAAAUCAGGGGGAUCCUCUUCAGCAGGCACCCAUAGUUCUCAGCUUUAUCCACAGUCACGAGGGCUGGUUCCAAAGUAAACCCAGCAGCUCCUCUCCAGGCUGUGUGCAGCCUUUGCCUCCUGAGAGCAGAGACAAGUAAAAUCCUGCAGCGAGAACUCCCGGCCAGACUCCAACCCCCUGCCCUGGCCAUGGCCUCUUGGCUGUUUAACUGACUUGUGCCAGCCCAGGUGCACUGAGCCACAGGAAGAUACGUGUUUGCAAUUCAGCAGUUGGCCUCUGUGGGAAACAGAUUUUAGUUAGGCGAUCAGAAAUGCAUGAGGUACGUUACCGUGUGUCAGCAGCGAUGGGAAGCAUGGGGAUCACCUCACAGCGUCACCGUCUCUCCUUCUGCACUAGCCCUUCUUGCUGCACCGGGCUUUAUUUUUUUCUUUUUUUAUUUUUUUCUGUUGGG